AUGGAUAUGAACCAACUAAAAUCAGAGGAGCAGAUGGAAAUGAUGAUGAUGAUGCAAAUGGAUAAAAUCUCUGAGCUCUGCGGCGCCUACAACGACGUCAUGUCUAACCUCCCUUCAUCUGAACACUUUUCUGGUAGUGCAACUUCCAUGCCACAUUACAGCCAUGACCAAAACCCUCACAGUGUUUCUUCACCUCCACCCUCAUUUCUUAACCUAAGCCCAUCAACCAUAUCAUUCACCAACUCUCUUGAACAAUCACCAGAACCUCAAAUGGCAUCGGAUAAGCGUGCUUCAAUGGCGGCGAUGAGGGAGAUGAUAUUCAGAAUCGCCUCGAUGCAGCCAAUCCACAUAGACCCGGAGUCGGUGAAGCCACCAAAGAGAAGGAACGUGAAGAUUUCCAAGGACCCUCAGAGCGUGGCGGCGCGUCACAGGAGGGAGAGGAUUAGCGAGAGGAUAAGAAUACUCCAGAGACUUGUCCCUGGCGGGACUAAAAUGGACACUGUAUCCAUGCUGGACGAGGCUAUUCACUACGUCAAGUUCUUGAAGUCUCAAGUUCAGACGCUGGAGAGAGCAUCCGUGAAUAACAAUUACAGGGUACCACAAACCGGGAUUGGUUUUCCGGUGGCGAUGUCAAGUGGCAGUAACUACCUUUCUAAUUCUAUGACCAAAGCGUACCAAGCUCAUCCUCCGCAACGUCAUCAGAAUAUGCAGCAUUUUGGAGAUGCUUGA